AUGCCCUCAUACACGAAAACAGGCUCGUGCAGGGCCUUUCGCGUCAACAGGUACGAGCUAAGGGCGCUACCCCGGCGGGCGCUUCCGACACGGGCGAUAAAAGGGGGAGAAUCGUUGCUGCCCAAGAGACGCACUGUCCUUGGGGCACUUGAGCAAAACUGCUCGGUGUGUGACGCAUGGCCUCACACGCCGCCAGCUGCAAAAUCGCCACCCCUUCAGCCGCCCCCGCUAAGUUCCACAUGCGGCACAGGCUCAUCGUGGGGUCUCUCCCCGCGCGGCUGGGGAGAGGUGCAGCCGGAAUUCCGCGCGGCGGAUACAUCGCCACCUGGAUUUGAGCGGGGCCAAGAGAAUUCGGAGGGGCGGAGUAACCAGGGGCCUGGCGGCGCCCGCGGAACGGUCCCCGCGCCGCUGCGGCUGGCUGAUACUCCCGCAGAGUUGGCGCGCGCAACGGAGCUGCUUCAGGCAUGCCAGAAGCAGGGAGGGGCUCCGAGGCCACGGACAGAUGAAGUCGAGGCGCAUCCCUCCCCGCUUGCGCCAGCACCGCCUCCGCCAGCACUUGCGCCGCACGGUCUAUCGCGGAGCCCCGGCCGCGGUUUCCCCCGCCACGCGGAGAACCAUUCCGCCGCCCACGACGUCCGCCAUUCCCUGGCGACUGAGGACGAGACGGGGACGGACCCCUGCGGCGAGCAUCUCCGCGCCCCGCGGGAGCUCCGCGUCCCCGACGAGGCGAAUGCUGAUGGGGAGACUGAUGCCGUGGCGAGUGUUUUCCCGGCGACCUCGGAGGAGAGCGGUAGCGGCGGUCGCGGCGCUGAAGAUCGCGCUGGUACUCCUCCCACCGCCGGCGCUACUCGAGGGGCCCAGGGGACUGAUACACAGGGGACGCGGGGCGAGCUUGGCGGCGCUGCGGAGACCGACCUUGAUCCUGACGCGCCGGCUCAGCAUUCGACGCCACAUCGGCGGGAGAGCGCAACUGCUCAGGAGAUGCAGGACGGUCUCCCCCACGCGGCGGGAGAGACAUCCCGCGCACGAGGCGACGCACGGGCUCGGACGCGGCGGGUCGAGCUGGGGCCUGGGGACGCGGAGGCGCAUGCUCUGGAUUUGGCGCCACCUCGUGCUGAGCGCUCUCCGCGGUUGCCUCGAAGGCGCGGUCGCGACCCACGGACGCCGCCAUCACGACCGAGGCGGGCACGCCGCGUGGAACGCCUGUCGGAAGACGCGCAAGGCGCAGAGGUCGGCGCGGAGGGAGAACCUACCAAGGAGGCGGGCGAUGGAGUGGUGCAAGCGGUUAUGCGAGAACUGCAGAGAGACUUCUUCGCGAACGCGUGA